GCUGCCUUCUCUCCUCCAGGAUCCGGCCCCAGGCUCCCCCGCGGAGGCCGGGGAUGCGCGGCCGGGGCCCCCCGGAGGACUGAGCGCCCCUUCCCUCGGGGGGCUGGAGGGCCGGAGCCCCCCGAGGACGACGCCGAUAGUCCCGGUGCCCUGACCCUUUUCCCCGCCCGCGCGGCUGACACCUGGCGCCGAGUCGAUGCAUCCCAGGAUGAAUGAUAUGAAUCUGAGUCCUGUGGGGAUGGAGCAGCUCGCUUCAUCCUCGGUAAGCAAUGCCUUGCCGGUCUCAGGAAGUCACCUCGGCUUGGCUGCCUCACCUACUCACAAUGCCAUUCCUGCCCCAGGACUGCCAGUUGCAAUUCCAAACCUUGGUCCCUCCUUAAGCUCUCUGCCUUCUGCCUUGUCUCUGAUGCUCCCAAUGGGCAUUGGCGAUCGGGGGGUGAUGUGUGGGAUACCGGAGAGGAACUACCCCCUCCCGCCCCCGCCGUACCCACACCUGGAGAGCAGCUACUUCAGGCACAUUCUACCUGGCAUCUUAUCCUAUUUGGCCGACAGACCUCCUCCUCAGUACAUCCAUCCCAACUCUAUCAGUGUGGACAACAACCCCGCCCUGGCCGUCUCCAAUAAUCCUGCAGCGUUAGACCCCUAUCAGCCUGGCGGCAACGUCAGCCUGGAAGCAGGCAUUGUCCCCAUGGAUUCCCGCACAGUCGGUACCCACGGGGCCCAGAGCCUCCAUCCUGGUGACAGCCAUGAGGUGGCACUGGACACCGCCAUCACCAUGGAGAGCGUCUCUAGGGUGACAAGCCCCAUCUCCACAGACGGCAUGGCGGCCGAGGAACUGACCAUGGAGGGUGUUGCAGGGGAGCACUCGCAGAUGCCAAAUGGCUCCAGGAGCCACGAACCUUUGUCUGUGGAUACGGUUGGUAACAAUUUGUCGGCAGACACUGUGGCACACGGGGGUGUGAUCCCUCUCCACGGGAAUGGCCUCGAGCUCCCUGUGGUCAUGGAGACCGAUCGCAUAGCGGGAAGAGUCGGCGGGAUGCCUGACAGCGCCCUCGGUGACUCCAUCCACACCGUGGCCAUGAGCACCAACUCCGUGAGCGUGGCCCUCUCUACCUCACACAGCCUCGCCUCCCUGGAGUCUGUUUCCCUGCAUGAAGUGGGCCUCAGCCUUGAACCCGUGGCUGUGUCCUCCAUCACCCAGGAGGUCGCUAUGGGGUCAGGCCACGUAGACGUGGCUUCAGACAACCUCUCCUUCGUGCCACCGUCCCUGCAGAUGGAAGACUCCAACUCCAACAAGGAGAACAUGGCGACCUUGUUUACCAUCUGGUGCACACUUUGUGACCGAGCCUACCCCUCAGAUUGCCCUGACCACGGACCCGUGACUUUUGUUCCCGACAGCCCGAUAGAGAGCCGAGCCCGGCUGUCCCUCCCAAAGCAGCUUGUCCUCCGUCAGUCUCUCAUGGGGGCGGAUGUGGGUGUAUGGACCGGAGAAACCAUUCCUGUGCGGACUUGCUUUGGGCCACUGAUUGGCCAACAGAGUCACUCUAUGGAAGUAGCAGACUGGACAGAAAAAGCAACUAAUCAUAUCUGGAAGAUGUAUCACAACGGUGUCCUGGAGUUCUGUAUCAUUACAACCGACGAAAAUGAAUGUAACUGGAUGAUGUUUGUGCGCAAAGCCAGGGACCGUGAAGAACAAAAUCUGGUUGCUUAUCCUCACGAUGGAAAAAUCUACUUCUGUACCUCCCAGGACAUCCCUCCGGAAAACGAACUGCUUUUUUAUUACAGCCGGGAUUAUGCCAGCAGAUGGGGGGUCCCUGAGCACCCAGACGUGCAUGUGUGUAACUGUGGCAAGGAGUGCAACUCGUACUCAGAGUUCAAGGCCCACCUGAGCAGCCACAUCCACCAGCACGUCCCGAGCCAGAGCCCCGGCGGCCCCGCCACGGCGCGGAGGGGGCCCAACCACAGCAAGGAGAGGAAGUGGAAGUGCUCCAUGUGUCCCCAGGCCUUCAUCUCGCCCUCCAAGCUCCAUGUGCAUUUCAUGGGCCACAUGGGCAUGAAGCCCCACAAGUGCGACUUCUGCAGCAAGGCCUUCAGUGACCCCAGCAACCUGCGCAAGCACCUGAAGAUACACACAGGCCAGAAGAACUACAGGUGUGCGCUGUGCGACAAGUCCUUCACCCAGAAGGCUCACCUGGAGUCCCACACGGUCAUCCACACCGGUGAGAAGAACCUCAAGUGCGAUUACUGUGACCGGCUCUUCAUGCGGCGGCAAGACCUCAAGCAGCACGUGCUCAUCCACACACAAGAACGGCAGAUCAAGUGUCCCAAGUGCGAGAAGCUCUUCCUGAGGACAAAUCACUUGAAGAAGCAUCUCAACUCUCACGAGGGCAAGCGGGAUUACGUCUGUGAGAAGUGCUCCAAGGCUUACCUGACCAAGUACCAUCUCACGCGCCACUCUGACAGAUCUGCAAAGGCCCCCAGCUCGAGCUCGUCAGCGCAGGAGGAAGAGGAAGAGGGAAGAGGACGAGUCGGGGGAGGAGGAGAUUGGCAGGCUCGGUGGCAGGCUCGGAGUGUCGGCUGGAGCGGGACCCUGUACUCUGCUGCCGACGCGGACCACAGUGGCCUCUCUGGACACAAAUGGAGGUUGGACAGCCGUGGCUUAGAGGGAGAAUCCAGGCCACCCACCCCCCAACCGCAUUUUUAUACAGAAAUGCAGCUUUUCCUUUUUCUAUCCAGCCGGUGGCUAAAACAGACUUUGAAUGAGAAUGGGCAAAGCACUUAGAGAAACCUGCGUCCAUAUUUCCACAGCCAUGCGAGGAGCCCGGAUGGCAGGGAGAGAGGCACUUGCAAAGGAAGGGUCAGCCUCCCAUCCCCACCCACCCAGACUCCCAGAAGGCCAGGGCUGGCCUUGCAGCCCAUGGGAAUCCCUGCCGAGGCACCCUCCCCCCAGAGGAAGGUCGUGGUCCACAGCUCCAGCUUUGGCCGUUGUGUAGGCACUAAAAAACGACUUUCUCUUUGGGCCCAGACUCACCUGUCCGUAUCCCGGCCAGGGCUCGGGGGGCACUGGUGGCACUCCAGUUUUCAGCAGGUAUGCCAGCUGCCCAGACAGAGGAUUACUGAUGUUUCAUAGGGGGAAGGUGACAGGAGAGCUACCCAGGGACCACCAGCUACCUCGAGGCCAGGGAGCCGUGGAGAAGGGGUGUAUGUGCCCAGCGGUCCCUGCCAAGCAUGGGGGUGCCAGGGGUUAAAGUCCUCUUGGACCCUCCAGGGCAACGAGGCAGUCACUGGGAGGGCAGCCAGGCAAGAACAGAAAAAUAUCUAUGGCACUUAGAUGAGACCCUUGAGGUUCUACCAUCAAGACAGCUUUGCCUUCCAGGUGUUACGGGUCUCCAGGGGAACCUGACACCAGUGGGGCACAGGAGAAAUCAGGACCCGCCAGUGCCAAGAAAAGGUUUGGUGCUGAGCACAGGCCUCUUCUCAAGCCCCAGUUCAGAUCGUGAGGCGCCUGCGUGUGUCUGGAGUGUCCCCUCCGGCCCUCGGGGCUGAAUCAGACCCAAGAUGACGUUGUUUCUGGUACAAGUUCCCAGUGUAAGAUCACAUCCUCUGGGCUGGCAGGGGAGGUGACUGGGAAGGUCUUGCUGCUAUUCUAUUUAUUGAAUGAAUAUAUUUCAUUCAAACCUGUACUUUAUGAAAAAA